AUGGCUCAGGCGCUCAUCCCACUGGUCUUCCAGAUGGGCGCAGCUGCUACGUGGGCCGUUGUGGCUGCCCUUGUCGGCAUCAAGACUCUGGGUGUCACCCUGAUUAUUCUCAAGCUGCUACUAGUAGCCGGCGCUCUCAAGAUUGGCGCCUUGUUUGGUCAUAAAGGACAUCAUAGUACUGGCUGGGAACCAUCUCAUCCACCGCAGAAAGAAAUCCAUUUACACAUACACAACGGCCACCAUGGACAUAGCGAGCCCGAAGAACACGUUCCAUUUUCUUCCUGGAGCAGAGACGGUGUACGGAGUAAUCUUGAAAUGAAAAAUGUCAACGUUGCAUAUGAACCUUAUGUUGCUGGACCACAAACAAUAAAUACACCCUACGGAAAUUACGUCAAAAUUGAUUCUAGGCCCAAUGCACAUGUUGUAAAAUAA